AUGGUUUCCAAUAACUCAUCACUAAAUUCCCUACUGUCCAACAACUCACUGGAUGAGAACCAACCCCAAUCGUAUGCGGGCACAACAACCAACCCACCAAGGUUAAGACAGCCGUUGUCAAGGCGAUUGUCAAGCGCUGCUUCCAAUAUAUUUACAUUCGGCAAUGAGCGUGAUGAUAACGUUGGGAAUGUUGAUGAUGUGAGUAGAAAGGAGGAUGAAUCUUUGAUACAGGAUGUUGCAAACGACUAUUUCAAUGCCAACGACACACACUACGUUUUAGGUGCAGACAGUCCUCAUGAUUUUCAAGAAGACGAAGAAUAUGAUGAUGAGAAGAAGCGCGGUGACGAGGAUGUGAUCCCAAGGUCGAAAGAGUUAGAGUCGGUCCAUCUGUACCAGCCAGAGUUAUAUUCAGAGCCACAAGAGGAGACGACAGAACCAAAAGCCACACGAAUUGCAUCACAACCACAAAAGCCUCGCAAAUAUAAGCUAUGGGACGAGGAGUUCAGAGCCGACCGUAUACAAAUCGGGCUCAAACUAUUAUCCAACUACGUAUUCUUACUCAUAGGAUUUGCCGGUGCAUUGUUGUUUUACUGGGCAUCUUACUACCAACGGAGCACGAGGUACAAGCACUUGAAAAUGGCAAUUGUGAUUGCUGAUCGUCAAGUAGGACAGUUGCCAAACAUUGUUGGAAAAACUAUAGAGUCCUACUUCACUGAUGUACCAACUUUGCAACAAUUGGGUAAAUUUGAAAUAUGGGAUUAUGACAAAGUCUCCUCACUAGCAGCUGAGCAUGGACACAACAUCACGCAGGAGGUUUAUCAGCAGGUGCAUCAUGCAAAAGUGUGGGCGGCAUUUUACGUUUAUGAAAAUGCCACUCUAAUGUGGAACCAAGCAUUAUCUUCGGCAUCGACACAAUUUGAUCCAACGCAUUCUCUCAUGGAGGUGGUUUAUGAAACGGGGAGAGACUUCAAUGCCGUACUGAACUACAUUAUCACCAUUAUUCAACAAAUUGUGCGAUCAUAUCCCAAUUUCGCCACUCAGAGCGAGAUCGUUGCCAAUAUGCUCCAAACUGUUAAUCAAACACAAGCAUUAAAUGUGAUGUCACAAGCUCCACAGUUAGUAUCAACUAUCCCCACAUUCCGAAUCAAUGAUUUACACCCGGUUACGAACCCUGUAUUUCAAGCACCAUUUCAAAUUGGUUUAAUUUAUCUUGUUGUAUUUGGGUUUUUCCAGUUUAUCUUUACCGUUAAAAUCCACAUGUAUUUGGCGACAAAGAUCAAAGGUUGGAGCUAUAUAUUCUUCCGUAUUUUGUCAUCUCAAGUAGCUUACAUGGCAAUUUCAUUAGGUAUGGUUGUUUUAAACACGGCAUUUCAACUACCUUUCAAUACCGUAUUUGGAUACUCGGGGUUUUUGGUAAUUUGGAUGUUUUGCUAUCUAUUGAUGGCAUCGUUGGGUAGUAUAAUUGAGGUAAUUGUUAUUAUCAUGUUUCUGAUAAAACCGCAGUUGAUUGGAUUUGUCUUGUUGUUCACGGCGGUAAUCAAUUUAGCUCCCAUCAUCAGUCCGCCCGUUUUGACGCCGCCCUUUUAUUAUUACGGGUAUGCUGUGCCUUCAAGAAAUGCUUACGAGUUGUUGCAUGUUGCAUAUUUUGAUGCUUACAAAGGUCAUAUGGGAAGAAAUAUAGGAGUGUUGUUGGCGUGGAUUGUGGCAAGCAAUGUUGUUAUGCCGUUUAUGUUGAAGUUUCUUGCAAAGAAAAAGAAAGAAGCCGAUGCAAAGCAAGCGAUGCAAGCAGGCGGGUGA